CAGGUGUUACCAGAGAAACGGACUCUGAAACUGCUGAAGAGCCACAACAUCAACGUGAAUUGGUACAUGUACUGCCCCGAGAGUGCUGUCAUUCUGCUGUCCACCACAGUCCUUGAGAAUGUCCUGCAGCCUUUUUAUUUUAGGGCUGGCACCAUGUCGAAGCUGCCCAAGUUUGAGAUUGAAUUACCAGCUGCGCCCAAGUCAACUAAACUCAGCCUUUCGGAGAGAGACAUUGCGAUGGCUACCAUAUACGGGCAGCUUUACGUUCUCUUCUUGAGGCAUCAUUCUCGGACCUCCAAUAGCACAGGCGCGGAGGUGGUCCUGUAUCAUCUGCCACGAGAAGGUGCCUGUAAGAAGAUGCACAUAUUGAAGUUAAACAGGACGGGGAAGUUUGCCCUAAACGUGGUGGACAACCUUGUGGUCGUGCAUCACCAGGACACAGAGACAUCGGUCAUAUUUGACAUUAAGUUGCGGGGCGAGUUUGACGGCGCCGUUACCUUCCACCACCCCGUGCUUCCGGCUCGAUCGAUCCAGCCCUAUCAGAUCCCCAUGGCAGGUCCUGCUGCUGUGACCAGCCAGUCUCCCAUUCCAUGCAAACUCUAUUCUUCAUCCUGGAUUGUCUUUCAACCUGACAUCAUCAUCAGCGCAAGCCAAGGUUACCUCUGGAACCUCCAAGUGAAACUUGAGCCCAUAGUAAAGCUCUUGCCGGAUAAGGGACGAUUGAUGGAUUUUCUUCUCCAGAGAAAGGAAUGCAAGAUGGUCAUCCUGUCUGUCUGCUCACAGAUGUUAAGUGAGUCAGACAGAGCAACGCUGCCUGUGAUAGCCACUGUUUUUGAUAAACUCAACCAUGAGUAUAAGAAGUACUUGGAUGCCGAGCAGAGUUACACAAUGGCCGCGGAAGCUGGGCAGAGCCGGAGCAACCCGCUCCUCAGGAGGCCGGUGCGGACCCAGGCGGUGCUGGACCAGUCUGACGUGUACACCCACGUGCUGUCCGCCUUUGUGGAAAAGAAGGAGAUGCCUCAUAAAUUUGUGAUAGCUGUGCUGAUGGAAUAUAUUCGCUCUCUCAACCAGUUUCAGAUUGCAGUACAGCACUACUUACAUGAACUUGUUAUCAAAACGCUUGUCCAGCACAACCUCUUCUAUAUGCUGCAUCAGUUCCUGCAGUACCACGUCCUCAGUGACUCCAAACCUUUGGCUUGUCUGCUGUUAUCCCUGGAGAGUUUCUAUCCUCCUGCUCAUCAGCUGUCUCUGGAUAUGCUGAAGCGACUUUCGACAGCAAAUGAUGAAAUAGUAGAAGUUCUUCUUUCCAAACACCAAGUGUUAGCUGCCUUAAGGUUCAUCCGGGGCAUUGGUGGCCACGAUAAUAUUUCUGCACGAAAAUUUCUAGAUGCUGCGAAGCAGACUGAAGACAACAUGCUUUUCUAUACUAUAUUCCGGUUUUUUGAACAGCGAAACCAGCGUUUGCGAGGGAGCCCUAAUUUCACACCAGGCGAACACUGUGAGGAACAUGUUGCUUUUUUCAAGCAGGUUUUUGGAGACCAAGCUCUAAUGAGGCCUACACCCUUCUGAAAUCACUUGCUAGUUUUUUUAAAUAUAAAAAUGUGUACAAAGUUAAUUUAUUGCAUUAAUAAAGCUCUUUAAACUA